CCCUGUGCACGGCCCCUGGAGCCGCUCCGGACAUGAAGCGCUACCUGUGGGAGCGCUACCGGGAGGCGAAGAGGAGCGCGGACGAAUUGGUUCCUUCGAUCAUGAGCAACUUGCUGAAUCCUGAUGCCAUUUUCUCAAACAACGAGAUGAGCCUGUCGGACAUCGAGAUCUAUGGCUUUGAUUAUGACUACACCUUGGUAUUUUAUUCAAAGCACCUCCACACACUGAUAUUUAACGCAGCCCGGGACCUUCUCAUCAAUGAGCACCGGUAUCCCGUGGAAAUCAGGAAGUAUGAGUAUGACCCAAAUUUUGCAAUUCGUGGGCUUCAUUAUGAUGUGCAGCGGGCAGUGUUGAUGAAGAUUGAUGCUUUUCAUUACAUCCAGCUGGGAACUGUCUACAGAGGCCUCAGUGUUGUCCCUGACGACGAAGUCAUCGAAAUGUAUGAGGGGUCCCACGUGCCUCUGGAACAGAUGAGCGACUUUUACGGAAAGAGCUCCCACGGGAACACCAUGAAGCAGUUCAUGGACAUCUUCUCCCUGCCGGAGAUGGGCCUGCUGUCCUGCGUGAACGAGUACUUUCUGAAGAACAACAUUGACUACGAGCCUGUCCACCUGUACAAAGACGUCAAGGCCAAUACACUCACUGAUGGAAAACAUAUCUUUUGCCAGGAUUCAAUUCGAGACGUGCAUAUCAAAGGGAUCAUGUACCGAGCCAUUGAAGCAGACAUUGAUAAGUACAUCUGCUACGCUGAGCAGACCCGCGCGGUGCUGGCCAAACUGGCUGAUCACGGCAAGAAGAUGUUCCUCAUCACCAACAGCCCCAGUAGCUUUGUGGACAAAGGGAUGAGGUAUAUCGUUGGAAAAGACUGGAGGGACCUAUUCGACGUGGUCAUCGUUCAGGCGGAGAAGCCACACUUCUUUAAUGAUAAGCGGAGGCCUUUCCGAAAGGUGAAUGAGAAAGGUGUCUUACUCUGGGAUAAAAUCCACAAGUUGCAGAAAGGCCAGAUCUACAAGCAGGGCAAUUUAUAUGAGUUUUUGAAGCUCACUGGAUGGAGAGGAUCCAAAGUGUUGUAUUUUGGUGACCACAUAUACAGCGACCUGGCGGACUUGACCCUGAGGCAUGGCUGGCGAACUGGUGCCAUCAUCCCAGAGCUACGAUCCGAGCUCAGAAUCAUGAACACGGAGCAAUAUAUUCAAACCAUGACCUGGCUGCAGACCCUGACUGGGCUACUGGAGCAGAUGCAGGUGCACAGAGAUGCGGAGUCCCAGCUGGUUUUGCAGGAGUGGAAAAAGGAGAGGAAGGAGAUGAGGGAAAUGACCAAAGGCUUCUUCAACGCCCAUUUCGGAAGCUUGUUCCGCACCGACCAGAACCCCACCUACUUCCUGCGGCGCCUGUCGCGGUUUGCCGACAUCUACAUGGCGUCCCUGAGCUGCCUGUUGAACUACGACGUGAGCCACACGUUCUACCCCAGGCGGACUCCGCUGCAGCACGAGCUCCCCGCGUGGUCGGACGGGCCCCCCACCCGCAGGCUGCCCCUCCUGCAGGAGGCCCGGGCCAAGUGACCGGCGCCCACCUGUGGGCACGCCAGGGACAGCCGCGGCCCAGGUUGGGCGGACGCCGAGGGGUUGGCCUUGUGUGGGUAGGAGUGUUGCUUUUGGAAAAGACACAGAUAACGCCUUUUGAUAUUUAUUUCGUACCUUCUGGAAGAGACUCGCCGGGUGGCUAAGACGGAAGCCAGCAGCGCACACGUCGGGCUGGAUGCAGGCCCCACGUGGAAACUCUGGUCAGUCUUGCUGCCAGAGGUUCUGUACCUGGUGUCAGUUUCCCGGGACAGGGGAGACUUCCUGAUGCCAUCUCUGUAUUCCGGCAGGUGACGCUUUGGAACUCCCUGACCCUUCCCUGGAAAACAGGGAACAGUCCCAGGCGGCGUAUUGGGAACGGACGGGCACAGUGGCCUGCAGCGACAAACCGCUUGCAGGAGGCGAUGACUUAGUGAGCUCUGCGGCGGCGUAACGCGGCAUAAGUAGCCGAGACGGUCCCCAAACAAGCAGCCCAGUCCCCAGCCAUUUGGUACCAGGGCUUUGGUGUUCUGGUGCAUCAGUCGAAAGAACAAGAGAUACAAGUCCUUAGCCCUGGGUCGUCCUCAGCAUCCCCUUCCUGUGGCCCACCCCAUCCUGGGGAAGGACAGAUGGUGCCCGCAAGCAAUGGGCGGGUUCGCUUCUUUCCCCGGAGGAGGAGAGAAGAGCUCCUGGUUGCCUUUCCAGCUGGCAGGACAGACUGUAGAUUAAGGCUGGGAGCAACAAGCAGGUCAGAGCCAGCGCUUGGUGGAGGGUCCCCUGAAAAUGCCACCCGAGCGUUGGCUUGAUGUGCUCAUUGGUGGACAGAAAAUGAAACCGAAACAAAAAAAUCCUUGUAAGGAAAUGCCACGCCACGCCAUGCCGUGACCUCGCUGGGUUGCGUUGGUGUCUUGCUAACACGUAGGCAUUCCCAGGAACCGUCCUUUUCUGGAGGGUAACAAACGCGCCCGCCGUGUGCAUGGAUUAUCGGGGGAGACGCGGGCUUGCACCCAGCAGGGCGGAGGGCGCCGGGCUCCCCGCUUAGCCGGCUCCCACCCUCUGCUCCCCUUAGCUUUCUUUCCUGCCAUGUUUGUGUGGCUAUGUUGGGAGUCUGAGGGGUUUUUUUGAGGUGUCUGUAUUUAAGGUGGGAGAUAAAGGGCAUCGAAACAAAGAGAAAAAGGGUUAGAAAAUGAUUUAGCUGACUAUUUCUCUUGUCUUUCUAAGGACAAUGAAAGGGGCCUGCAUUCUCAAACCUAACGCCCAGCUGGUACAUGAAGGGGGCUUGUGGACUGUGCUUGCUAAUUGAGCAUUUUUGCUGUGAUAAGUGUAUGGGAACCAGCUGUUGACAGGAGUGCUAGUUUGGCAGACCAUAGGCUGCCUGCUGGAAUGCAGACAUUAAAUGAGCACUGUAGCAUGUUUGUAAUGCCACUUGUUAUAAUGGGAUUUUACUUGUGUUUUCUUGUAUUUAACUGUCACAGUGAAGGUGACCCAUUAGACCCAGUUGGCCCGAUCAGUUAGAUGCCUUUUUCCUGCUGCAUUUUAUUGUAACCACAGUGGUCCGUUCCUUUUUUGGAAUGGGGCAGCCUUUUGUUUACUGUUUGUUAGCUCCUAGGUGUUGUGAGCAUCAGAGUUGAUUGGAGACGGCAUUUAAGGGGCACAGGUGGAGGCCAGAGCUGCUUAGGGUUGGGGCCUCAGAGGGCACACUGGUGCUUUUGGCGGCUGCUUUGGGGAAGCUGAGUGAGGAAGUAGUUACUGUUAUUUUAAUUUCUUAGUUUUUAUCUAAUCAGGUAUUUGUUGGAUGUCUCCUAGGUGCCAGUUACAUGGGGAUUUGUUUACUCAAGAAUGAAGUAGACUGUUUUUUAGUCCUGUUUUCGUGGGUGUCUAGGUUGGGUAAGCCAAGCCAUGGGGGAGAAAUACAUUUUCUAUUUCACGAUUUAUUACCAAUUAAGGUUUCAGUUUCUGCGCCAUCAAACAUGGCAGUGUUGAGAUCUACCACUUGGCAGGGGCCUGGUAU